AUGCUGGACAUGGGAGAUAGGAAAGAGGUGAAAAUGAUCCCCAAGUCCUCGUUCAGCAUCAACAGCCUGGUGCCAGAGGCGGUCCAGAACGACAACCACCACGCGAGCCACGGCCACCACAACAGCCACCACCCCCAGCACCACCACCACCACCACCACCACCACCACCACCCGCCGCCGCCUGCCCCGCAACCGCCGCCGCCGCCGCCACAGCAGCAACCGCCGCCGCCGCCGCCGCCGCCCCCGGCACGGGGCGCCCCGGCCGCCGACGACGACAAGGGCCCCCAGCAGCUGCUGCUCCCGCCGCCGCCGCCGCCGCCCCCGGCAGCCGCCCUGGACGGGGCCAAAGCGGACGGGCUGGGCGGCAAGGGCGAGCCGGGCGGCGGGCCCGGGGAGCUGGCGCCCGUCGGGCCGGACGAGAAAGAGAAGGGCGCCGGCGCCGGGGGGGAGGAGAAGAAGGGGGCGGGCGAGGGCGGCAAGGACGGGGAGGGGGGCAAGGAGGGCGAGAAGAAGAACGGCAAGUAUGAGAAGCCGCCGUUCAGCUACAACGCGCUCAUCAUGAUGGCCAUCCGGCAGAGCCCCGAGAAGCGGCUCACGCUCAAUGGCAUCUACGAGUUCAUCAUGAAGAACUUCCCUUACUACCGCGAGAACAAGCAGGGCUGGCAGAACUCCAUUCGCCACAACCUGUCCCUCAACAAGUGCUUCGUGAAGGUGCCGCGCCACUAUGACGACCCGGGCAAGGGCAACUACUGGAUGCUGGACCCCUCGAGCGACGACGUGUUCAUCGGCGGCACCACGGGCAAGCUGCGGCGCCGCUCCACCACGUCGCGGGCCAAGCUGGCCUUCAAGCGCGGGGCGCGCCUCACCUCCACCGGCCUCACCUUCAUGGACCGCGCCGGCUCCCUCUACUGGCCCAUGUCGCCCUUCCUGUCCCUGCACCACCCCCGCGCCAGCAGCACUUUGAGUUACAACGGCACCACGUCGGCCUACCCCAGCCACCCCAUGCCCUACAGCUCCGUGUUGACUCAGAACUCGCUGGGCAACAACCACUCCUUCUCCACAACCAACGGCCUGAGCGUGGACCGUCUGGUCAACGGGGAGAUCCCGUACGCCACGCACCACCUCACGGCCGCCGCGCUCGCCGCCUCGGUGCCCUGCGGCCUGUCGGUGCCCUGCUCCGGGACCUACUCCCUCAACCCCUGCUCGGUCAACCUGCUCGCGGGCCAGACCAGUUACUUUUUCCCCCACGUCCCGCACCCGUCAAUGACUUCGCAGAGCAGCACGUCCAUGAGCGCCCGGGCCGCGUCCUCGUCCACGUCUCCGCAGGCCCCCUCGACCCUGCCCUGUGAGUCUUUAAGACCCUCUUUGCCAAGUUUCACGACGGGACUGUCCGGGGGACUGUCUGAUUAUUUCACACAUCAAAAUCAGGGGUCUUCUUCCAACCCUUUAAUACAUUAACAUCCCUGGGACCAGACUGUAAGUGAACGUUUUACACACAUUUGCAUUGUAAAUGAUAAUUAAAAAAUAAGUCCAGGUAUUUUUUAUUAAGCCCCCCCCCCGCAUUUCUGUACGUUUGUUCAGUCUUAGGGUUGUUUAUUAUUCUAACAAGGUGUGGAGUGUCAGCGAGGUGCAAUGUGGGGAGAAUACAUUGUAGAAUAUAA